UUAAGUUUUCAUUUUGCCAUUUAUGAUGGUAGAGUUGAAAAAUGUAAACAAGAAAUAACAAGGCAGAAUUUACACUGUUUCUUAUUGGAAUCAAGAUGGAACUGAUAUUGAACUGUCAAAAGAUUAAAAACUCCAGCUAGUUACUGUUGUUAUAUCAGGGAAGUUUAAUUUUUUUUAAUUGGAAUAUGAAAUAGAUGUAAAAAUUCUCACAGUAUAGCAAGUUUUGUAACCAGCAAAAUAACUGCCACAAGUUUUAUGGCUUGCAAAUAGGUUUUGCAAGUUUUGUGGCUUGAAAAUAGAACAACAAGUUUUGUAGCUUACAAAUAGGUAUUGGAAGUUUUGUGGCUUGCAAAUAGGUACUGCAAAUUUUGUGACUUGCAAAAUAAGUAUCGCACGUUUUGUUGCUCGCAAAUAAGGUACAGUAAGUUUUGUGGCUUGCAAGUAGGUACCGCAAGUUUUAUGGCUUGCAAAUUGAUAGUUGACUAUCAAUUAUUCAUUUUGUUUUGUUAAUGUAAUUUAAAAAUUAAAUUGUUUACUAGAAGCCCAGAUAAGAAAUAAUUACAUUUUUUAUUUCAAAAAAAUUGUUUUUUUGUGUGUGUUUUUUUCUCAGGUUGGAGUGGUUAAUCUGUUCCUUUACAUGAUAAUGUUUACUCAGAUGCAUCUUGUAAUGUGGUUGGAGUGUGUAAUCUGUCUUUUUUCAAGACAAAAUGGUUACUCUGAUGCAUUUUCAAUUGCAAGUUUCCAAAUACAUGCAAAGUAAAACUGUUGGCGACAUGGCACAUGUAUUGAAGUCUUCUGUCACAGUUGACUCAGCAAGAAUAAAAACAUCGAUACACUUUUGCAUUAUGGAAUACACAAGUUGGCAGUUCCUCGCCCACUGCCACCCAAAUACAGGUAUAAGAAAUCCUUAUCUGUACGUUACAGACGAUGGAGACGAAGUGAUUAUUAUGUGUAGCAACAGAUUAUUUUAUGAAGUUUUUAUCUUUCUGACUUCGUGAUGGAACUUAUUGGAGUACGCUUUUUUUGGACAUAGGAGGAGUAUUGCCGCUGCAAGCAUGACCAAUAAUAAAACAUUCCAAAGAAUAAUUUGUUAUUUCAACGAUUAGAUUUGUUGUUUAAAUGUAUAAA